UGGAGGCUGCGACGCCGAGUUUCACUCCGGCUGGUCUCCGGUUCGGGAGUCGGAGCUACAUUCCGAGCCUUACCCAGGCCGAGCGGGGAGUAGUGGCUCCCGAAGCUCUACGGUCUCUUCCGCCUGCCUCCUCGGCUUCCUAGGACUCGGAUCUGGUAUCUCCGUCAAGGAAGGACAGUUUGUGCCAGCCCCUUGGAGAGAGGAGGUGAAAGCCAAUGGGAGACAUAGCUUGCUGCUCUCCCAAGCUGGGGUUUUGAAGAGAGAAGGUGCAUGCAAGGGAAGCUUGGUCUCCAGUGUGGUGGUGACUGAUGGAACCUGUGAAAGGUGGACCCUCGUCGUGGGUGCUGGCUCUCAGGUGUGCACUGCCCCAGCCUUCGCAUCAGCUCCGGCGGAGGGAGAGGUCCACUGGAGCCACCAGGCAAUGAACUUGAGCCUGAGCCUGCAGCCCAGAGUGGUGUGAAAUCUUCUGGGAAAGCAGAGGGAGUCCUGGGAAGAUGGCCAUGGCCCCAAGCUCUUCCCUGCCACAGGUGUACCCCAGCCCCGUGGUGGUGGCUGUGUGGGAGUGGCAGGAUGGGCUGGGCACCUGGCACCCCUACAGCGCUGCCGUCUGCACCUUCAUCGAGCAGCAGUUUGUCCAGCAGAAGGGCCAGCGCUUCGGCAUGGGAAGCAUCCCCUUGGGCCAGGCUGACCCUUCACUGGCCCCUUACAUCAUCGACCUCCCCAGCUGGACCCAGUUCCGUCAGGACACGGGCACCAUGCGUUCUGUGCGUAGGCAUCUGUUCUCGCAGAACUCUGCCCCCGGCCAGGGCAUCGUCUGGGAGUGGCUGGGUGACGACGGGUCCUGGACAGCCUAUGAGGCCAGCGUCUGUGACUUCCUGGAGCAGCACGUGUCUCGGGGCACGCAGCUCGUGGACUUGGCUCCCUUGGGCUACAACUACACCGUCAACUACGCCACCCACACGCAAACCAAUAAGACCUCCAGCUUCUGCCGGAGUGUGCGGCGCCAAGUGGGGCCGCCUUACCCCGUGACUGCCAUCAUUGCGCCCCCGGGCCACACGGGGGUCGCCUGCUCUUGCCAUCAGUGCCUCCAUGGCAGUGGAACUGGCCCCGUAUCAGGCCGCUACCGUCACUCCAUGACCAACCUCCCUGCGUAUCCUGUUCCCCAAGCCCCUCAUCGGACUGCUAUAAUCUUCGGGGGCCACCAGACAUUUGCCCCAUACAACAAACUGUCAGGAGCCAGGUCUGCACCCAGGCUGAACACCACCAACCCCUGGGGCGGGGCACCUCCGGCCCUGAGCAGCCAGCCCCUCCUCCGCUCCAGCCUCUCCCACCUGGGACCACCGCUUCUGCCGCCAGCUCCAGCCACUCCCAGUGGAGCCAGUGCCUCCUUUCUCAGUGGUCCCUCCCACAGUCUGGGGAGUGCUCCCAGCACUGUGCCCGUACUGAUGCCAAAGCCCAGCAGGGUCCAGCAGGCUCUCGCAGGCAUGACGAGUGUGCUGGCAGCCAUUGGACUCCCUGUGUGUCUUAGCCGCGCACCCCAGCCCACCAGUCCUCCUGCCUCCCGGCCGGCCUCUAAAGGCCACAGCCCACUUAAGAGACUGCGGAAAAUGUCUGUGAAAGAAGGGGCCCCAAGGCCCGAGCCGGAGCACGUGAUCAGGAAGUACACCGAGGAGCUGAAAACAGCCCCUGAUGAGGACUGCAUCAUCUGCAUGGAGAAGCUGUCUGUGGCUUCUGGGUACAGUGACGUGGCCGACAGCGAGACCCUUGGGCCCAUGGCUGUGGGCCGCCUCACCAAGUGCAGCCACGCCUUCCACCUGCUGUGCCUGCUGGCCAUGUACUGCAACGGCAACAAGGACGGAAGUCUGCAGUGUCCGUCCUGCAAAACCAUCUACGGGGAGAAGACGGGCACUCAGCCCCGGGGCAAGAUGGAGGUGUUCCAGUUCCACGUGUCGCUCCCGGGCCACGAGGACUGCGGGACGAUUCUCAUCGUCUACAACAUUCCUCACGGCAUCCAAGGCCCCGAGCACCCCAGCCCUGGGAAGCCGUUCACCGCCCGGGGCUUUCCUCGCAGGUGCUACCUGCCGGACAAUGCCCAGGGCCGCAAGGUCCUGGAGCUCUUGAAGGUGGCGUGGAAGAGGCGAUUGAUCUUCACCGUGGGGACGUCCAGCACCACGGGUGAGACAGACACAGUGGUGUGGAAUGAAAUUCACCACAAAACCGAGAUGGACCGCAACCUGACGGGGCACGGCUACCCUGACCCAAACUAUCUCCAGAACGUGAUGGCCGAGCUGGCUGCCCAGGGGGUGACCGAGGACUGCCUGCAGCAGCAGUGACCCUCCAGGCUCACCCUCAUCACCUCCCAAGCCGCUCCUGAUGGGGGUUGGGGGGCUGGCAGGAAGGUACCUUUGCUGAGAGGUUAGAAUGUUUGUUGGGAUGUGGGAUGCACCCCUCCCAAAGCCAGGGCUUCUGCCUGCCUCUCCCUUCACCCUCGGGGCUGGGACCUGUGUGGGAACCAGAGAGCUCUCAGGGUUGUACUUGUGGGGGCUGAAGGUGGAGCUACCUCAGUGCACGGAAGGCCCUCUGGCCCUGUGGGGGUUGUAGGGCCUAGCAAUUGGGGAGCAUGGACUGCCGUUCCCCAGCUUCUGGUUGGCUUCUCAUACCUCAGAUUUUGUUUGCAAUAAAAUGCCCGAUAGCCAA